GGGUAGCACACACAUGCAACUAACUGCUGCUUAGCUAACUUGGCUACGUCGGAUCUCUAAAAUUUCGAUCCGCCAUUGUUGUGUCUUUCGUGCACGUAGUUCGUACAUCAUUGUGCUCAAGCUUAACAAGAUAUUAUAUCAAUUGAGAAUCGUUAAGGAAUUAGAAGCGUGUAAUUUGGUCGGUUUUCUCGCGAAUAUUUGGGGAUAAAUUUGAGCAAAUUGUUGAGAACGCAAGGAGGGACGAGCGGAAGUAAUCGUCUGAUCGUAAAACAAAAUUUCAGAGCCUUUAAUAAGAAAGCGUAUUAAGCAGUCAAACAAUGUCGCUCUUUGGCUCACUAGUUGGCGACUUUGAGGAUGAUCCUUUCUUCGGGUCUCAUAUGCAGUCUAUGCAACGAAUAAAUAGCAUGAUGAAUUCCAUGUUUGCCGAUCCUUUUGGACUCAUGGGUCCCCCUGCUAUAAUGGAUAGUCAUCAUCAUCAUCCCCAGAAUAGAAUGGCCCAGAUGCAAAUGAUGCCGUUUGGAUUUCCAGCCAUGCAACCGCUAUCGAUGGGGCGAUUGUUUUCAGAUUUGGGAAAUAUGGGUCAAAAUCCAAACUGCCAUUCCUAUACUAGCAGCUCUAUCAUGACAAUGACUAGUAGUCCCGAUGGACGUCCUCAAGUAUAUCAAGAAUCAAUGUCGACGAUGACUGCACCAGGUGGUGUCAAAGAAACAAAAAAAACUGUCAGCGAUUCGCGUACUGGAACUCGUAAAAUGGCAAUUGGUCAUCAUAUUGGAGAUAGGGCACAUAUUCUCGAACGCGAGCAUAAUGUUCAUAACGGAGAGCAAGAAGAGCAUCAAGAGUUCAUUAAUCUCGAAGAAGAUGAUGCCGAAACAUUUAAUAAAGAAUGGGAAACUAAAACUAAACACUCGAUGGGUGCUAUUACUGCUCCAUCUUAUAGAUCUCAAAAUCCUUACAGCAGAGCUCAACAUGAAAAUAAACAAUUGGCUUUGCCCAGUACCGUGCCAACAAGUAGUCGUCAAUCUAAGCAUCCCUCAAAACCAGUAAAUACGCCUAGACGUACAGUAAGACCUUCGUUGUCUUCUAGAUCAAAAACUGCAAACUCUAGUUCGCGAUCCGCCGAGAGUACCAGUACCAGUACGAGCUCGACUAGCAAGGCCGCCGCCGCCCCAUUAGAAUCACCCCAGAACCUGAGCACGACGAAUCGGAAGCGAGAGCGCAGCCCGGAUCCCAAGAACAGAAGCAAGAGCAAACGCAAGUCGACGCAAGUCAGCGCCGACGAUUAGAACAAGACGCACCAACUGGUCAUUUCACCGCUGACGACGAUCCCUCUUACCCGCCUCAUCCAUAUCCAUCCUUUCAAUUAUUUUAAUCACGUAGAUUGUGUCGCGUGGCCCAUUGUAGCCAGCCCCGAGGACGAUACAUUUUAAAAGCCAAAUUCGCUAAUGCGCGUGCAUAUAUCGGUGCGCGUCGUAUGGGAUGAAAGUCGACUAAGUAUUACAGAGGGCCAUAUCUUU